ACUCGAGUCCCUCGCUCCCCUCUGCUGGGAAGGUCUUUUCGGAGCCCCCUUCCGAGGCUUACCGGUGCUCUUGGUCCUUCGCAGGAACGCUGACAAUGAGACCAGCUCCUCCACGUCAGGCAGUGACCAGAGCAGGCAUCCUUUUGAGAACGUGGAUCAGCACUUGUUCACCUUGCCGCAGGGCUACGGCCAGUUUGCCGUCGGGAUCUUCGAUGACAGCUUCGAGUUCCCGUUCGGGGCCGGCGCGCAGUCGGAAGACAACAGGGACUCUGAGAACCGAAUUAUCCAGCAGCUGGUCAAUGGCAUUAUUGCACCUACAACAAUCCCGAAUCUAGGGCUGGGUCCUUGGGGGGUCUUGCAUUCGAAUCCGAUGGACUACGCGUGGGGAGCCAACGGCUUGGAUGCCAUCAUCACGCAG